AUGCAGGCCACCACUGCCACGGUCCAGGCGACCGAAGACAAGACUCAGGCGGCCCCAAAUGUGAAACCUCUUCACUCGCCCGGACUCGACGUCCCGUCCUACCCACAAUCGCCUCCUUCGCCAAGCGUCCACGUCCACCCGCACCUCUUUCAUCGCACUACCGAACCCGAUGACAGCUACUUCACCGGCCCGCGAAACCUCCAGAGCCAUUCAAAAUGGCCGUUGGUCAUGCAACUCCAUGGGUCCAUCAUCCCCAAAUUGAUGGUACCACUCCUUCUCAUCGCAGCUUGGUCGACCCUCAUUACCGUCAUCUCCAUGAAGGUUAAACCCAUCAACGUUAACUCCGUUCUUCUCACCAUUCUUGGUUUUGUCGUCGGUCUGUGCCUUUCUUUCCGCGGGUCCACCGCAUACGAACGUUACGCCGAGGGCCGUCGUUAUUGGGGAAGCCUGACCUUGGCAUCACAAACCCUUGGUCGCAUCUUCUGGAUUCACACCGUUGAGCCUGCUGGCCAGGACUCUCGAGAGAUCCUCCUCAAGAAGAUUGGGGCUAUGAAUCUUAUCGUCGCCUUUGCGAUGGCUCUCAAGCACCAACUCCGUUUCGAACCCUGUGACACCCAACCCGAUAUCCAGCCCUACAUUGCGUCUCUCGAUACCUUCAUUGUCGCCAAUGGCAAUGGCACUUCACCCGAGGCUCGCGUCAGCCGGUCGAAGUCGAUGUACCAUUCUGCUGGCGAGUAUCUGGGCAUUCCCUUUGCCACCAGCAAUCCCCGGAAGGCUGUUAAGAAGGCCGAACAACACCAGGGAAAUCUGCCUCUUGAAAUCCUCAACCACCUUGCUGUCACUCUGGACUCGAUGGUGCGCAACAAGCAGCUGCCUGUUCUCAUGCAACAGACCCUCGCGUACAAUCAUCUGACCAUGCUCAACGACGCCAUGACAGGCUGUGAGAGGGUCCUCAACACCCCACUACCGAUCGCCUAUACAAUCGCUAUCAGCCAAAUCACUUUCAUUUAUGUCAUCCUUCUCCCGUUCCAGCUGACGGGUAAGCUUGAGUGGAUCGCCAUCCCGGCCUCCAUCGCUGCCGCCUACAUCAUCCUUGGUCUGCUCUUUAUUGGCCAAGAGAUCGAAAACCCCUUUGGUCAUGAUGUGAACGACUUGCCGCUCGAGACAUACUGCGAUCAGAUUGCCGCGGAUAUGGACCUCAUCGCCUCUUUUGACACUCGCCAGUCAGACUCUUUCCUCCUGAGCAGAGACAGUCUGCCCCUGCACCCGGUCAGUGGCUCUUCCCCUGAGGUGUGGAUGGACCGAAGCGUCGACAAGCUUCGACAAGUCAUCAAGGAAAAGCCUCGCACCAUUUUCGAAUGGCGGCAUGGACGUGGCCGCAAGGAAGAUGGUACGAAGCAAGCCUAG